UGUGUGGUGACGCAGCUCCGCCCGGCUGGGAUUCUUUGGCUGUGCUGAGUGAAGCGCAAAAUGGCGGACGGAGAGCUGAACGUGGACAGCCUGAUCAGCCGCCUGCUGGAGGUGAGAGGAUGUCGCCCUGGAAAAAUUGUCCAAAUGACGGAGGCAGAGGUCAGAGGACUCUGCAUAAAGUCUCGGGAGAUCUUCCUAAGUCAGCCCAUUUUACUGGAAUUAGAAGCCCCUCUCAAGAUCUGCGGUGACAUCCAUGGGCAGUACACAGAUUUACUCAGGUUAUUCGAGUAUGGAGGCUUCCCACCAGAAGCCAAUUACCUCUUCCUGGGUGACUAUGUGGACAGAGGGAAACAGUCAUUGGAAACAAUUUGCCUGCUGCUUGCUUAUAAAAUUAAAUACCCUGAGAACUUCUUCCUGCUGAGGGGAAACCAUGAGUGUGCAAGCAUCAAUCGUAUCUAUGGAUUCUACGAUGAAUGCAAAAGGAGAUUUAACAUAAAGCUGUGGAAGACUUUCACUGACUGUUUCAAUUGCCUGCCUAUUGCUGCGAUUGUCGAUGAAAAGAUAUUUUGCUGCCAUGGAGGUCUCUCCCCAGAUCUGCAGUCUAUGGAGCAAAUUCGUAGAAUCAUGAGGCCUACAGAUGUCCCUGACACAGGUUUGCUCUGUGACUUGCUGUGGUCAGACCCUGAUAAGGAUGUGCAAGGCUGGGGUGAGAAUGACCGUGGCGUCUCCUUCACGUUUGGGGCUGACGUAGUAAGCAAAUUCCUGAAUCGUCAUGAUCUGGAUCUGAUUUGUCGAGCUCAUCAGGUGGUAGAAGAUGGUUACGAGUUCUUUGCCAAGCGGCAGCUGGUCACCUUGUUUUCAGCUCCCAACUACUGCGGAGAGUUUGACAACGCUGGAGGCAUGAUGAGCGUGGAUGAGACGUUGAUGUGCUCUUUUCAGAUCCUGAAGCCAUCAGAAAAGAAAGCAAAGUACCAGUACGGAGGCCUGAAUUCUGGCCGUCCAGUGACUCCUCCCCGGACAGCCAAUCCUCCGAAAAAGAGGUGAAGAGGAUACCCCCGAACGUGACAAGAACACCCACUGAUCUCCAUCAAGACAACUCCACCUUAUACUAAGUGUGCACUGUAAAAUCACCCAGCCCUUUCGAUCCUUUUACAAUGUCACGCGCAAUUACCUUCACGAGACAGGUAAAAAGAUUCCAAAAGAGGAAAAAAAACAAACAAAAAAAACUCUGCUUCAGUCCCCAAAAAAAUCCACCUGCUCCAGUCCACAACAGGCUUGCAGAGUUCACUUUUUGUAAUGCAGUCUUUUCCAAAGGGCCCAUGAAAAAUAUCCCAGUCUGGGGUUUGUGUAAUGGCGUGGUCUUACAUUAAUCCUUUCAUCGCUGGUUAGAUCUACAUGGCGACCUAACAAUUAACCGCAUUCGUGGUAAAUGUCUAUUAAUGUGUGUUGUGGGGGUGUUUUUGUUUUGAUUUUGUUUUCUAACAUCCCAUGCUGGAGUGCAGAAUUGUGCACCAUCUCUGGCAUUAAAGUGGUUACAUUUUACCAUUGUCUCUAAAACUUCACUGCUUUUAUAACUGCUUUCAAUCCUCUUUAUUUAAAGGGUUAGUUUUAAAUUCUACAAUGUUGGAAAGCAAAUCAUUCAUGCUUUUGUGUGUUGUGGUAUUUGCUUUUUUUUCCUUUGUUCACACUUCUAGUUUUUGUUUGUGUUUUUUCUUUUCCCGCAUCUGGUUCUGUAGACAAACAACCACUUUUUCAUUCUGAGGCAAACAUGACUUCCUCAUGUCAUGAUGGUUUGUCUGCUUACAGUAAGCGGGACCCCGAGUUCCAGUGCACUGUUUGUUUUAUCUUGAACUAUAUUGCAUGUCUAAAUGAAAUGUUUAAAUAAACCUCUCGCUGCACAUAGGACACUUCCAGGUUAAUGCGCGUAUUUGCAGAACUUUUUCUUUGGUUUGGGCUCUUGAGUGCACUUGAACACUGCAGGAGGAUUGCACCCUUCUCAUGCCAAUGAUUUCACCCCCCACAAUCUUCUGAAAUAACUUAUUCAGCCAGCGGCCACAAAAUUAACAAUGUACCUUUGAAUGAGUUGUAUUCUUUACAAGCAAUCCACUAACUGCUUUAAAUCUCUUUAUUUUUUUUGUUGUAUUCCUACCAUUCAAUAAAAUGUCAUAAGAAACGUUCAUUAGUUAUUCAUUCAUAUCAGGGCUGUAGAAAGUAAAAUGUGGUGGCUUGUGAUUUGUUUUUUUCCCCACAUAUAAUAUGUGUAUUUUUUGUUUUUUCUUCUUUCCACUUAAAAUUCCGCCACUUAAAGGAACACUUGAUGCAACACAACUACAGUGUGCUGCAGUGGUUAUGGUGCUUGCGGUGUUCCUUUAAAAUCCUGCUACUUCUUCCUUCCGACAACAUGUGGUACAAGUUCCCCAAUACUAACAGUGCUUUACUUCAUGUAUUGUAAUGUCUUAAAGAAAUAUUAAGAUUUAAAAGGUCACAAUGUGUUAAAUCUACUGCAGGUAUUGAGUUCAUUCCACAGUUAGUAUGGAGUCCUGUGGUAGUGUUUUUUUUUUUUGUUUUUUUUAGUGUACAAAAUGGCAGCAAUAAAUGCCUCCUGAAAUGGCACUAACUAGGUAACACACAAAGAAUAGCAUUAACCAUUUCAUGUGGCACGCUGUAAACAUGCCAAGUCUCCAGAAUCCCAGUGUUGUGCUAGUUGCUCCAUUAAUGUAUCUUCUGCUUUCUUUGCUGCUAAUUCCGUUGUCAUUUAAAAGCAUGUUUAAGAAAGCAAGUGAAAUUUAUAGUCUGUUUACUCAAGAAUUGUUAUACAACUCUUAAUACCUAUUUUAAUGUAGUAGAUUUGCAUUAAAUAUAGUUUGUCAAAUUGAUUUUAAUAUCUCCCCCCUCCACUCUAUUGGUGUCCGUGCAUAGCCUUUUUAGGGCUUAUAUUUGCAAACAGAAGGAAAUGCGUGCAAUCUCCCAUAAAAGCUGUUUAGAAAUUAGUGCUGUGGAAUUCAAUUUCAUGUUUAUUGACUUAAUUCAUUAAAGAUCCACAUUCUGUUCUCUCUUACAA